UUCUUAUCGUUGACACACCCCAUGUCGAGCCCUUCGAAAGUGUAUAGAGAUAGAGACACGGGGCACGAGUCGGACGAUGACGAUGUGGACGGACUCGAUGGUGAGUCAGAGUGAUCGGAGCUCUAGGCUGAAUAUAUGGAGAUGUCCUCGCCUCGUUCAAUGCGCCGAGCCCAGCGAGACCCACCGCUGGACCGUCCAAAUCGCGUACCUCUUCUUCGCUUGGGCCAAUGAUAGAAAAGGAGGACGACGACGACGGCGAAGAUUUCGACGAAUCCCUAGCGCAAGGUAUGGAAUCGCUCUUGCUUCAAUUGGCCGGCUCCAACCCACCCGGUCCGAUGCCAGAUAAAGCCACAAAGACAGGACCAAUCGAGACCCCAUCGCCGCCGCCCCGACCUUGGGAAGGAGGGAUGAGUCCAGAGGAAGAAGAAAAAGCCUGGCAAAAGGCCAUCGAGAUGAUGUUAUCGGGUGAAGGUUUGGAAGCGCUAGGUCUGGACAAGAACCAAAAUGCCGAAGCGGGUCCCAGUCAGCCUCCAACUCCAGCUUCAGCCUCAGCUCCUGCUCCUGCUCCUGCUCGUCCCCCCAACCCAAGCUUCGAUGACACAAUCCGACAAACCAUGGAACAGCUCAAAUCUGCAGGUUCAAACACCAAAACAUCCGACGACGCCACAUUAGCCGCUCUUCUUGCUCAGCUCGGUUCGGACCCCUCUGCUCUGGAUGGAUUAGGCGACGGCGAUGACGAGCUCGGUGGUCUAUUAGACGGAAUGAUGGCUCAGUUGAUGACCCGUGAAGUGCUCGAGGACCCCAUGGUGGAGCUCGCCUCAAAAUACCCCGGAUACCUCGCUUCUCCACCUGCUGGAGUCACCCCGUCCGAGUUGGAAAAGUAUCGCAAACAGUCUGCCCUUGUCGAUACAAUCGUCAAGACAUUCAAAAAACCAGACUUCAACGACGACAAGGACGGGAGAGAGAUAGCACGACUCGUGGGAGAGAUGCAGGAUCUCGGUGGACCGCCAAAAGAGAUCAUGGGAGAUUUACCCGAGGGCUUUGACCUUGGAGCCUUGGGCGGGGACGAAGCAUGCACCAUCAUGUAAUUACAUACUACUCUGCAUCGCCAUACAUCCGA